CGCUCGUUAGCAGUUAAACAGUGCAUCAGACCUCAUGAAGAGUGGCUCGAGUGCGGAAACGCAUGUCAACCAUCAUGUGACAACCUCUACCGUAUGCAGGAGUGUUCUGACAAGUGCGUGGCCGGCUGCUUCUGUGUCAAGAACUUCCUGCGAGAGAACAAAGAAGAAAAUUCCCCAUGCAUCUCGCGGUUCGACUGUUCCAAGAGAUAUUUUCGACAUCGACGCUGAUCAAAGCAGCUUUGUCAAAUUGACAGUGAUGAAAAAUGCAUUGUUGUCUGUCUAGUC